UGAAUAUUGUAUCUUAAUAUGCACAACUUGUGAGCAAUAAAGUUUAUUAUUAAUAAUUUUCCAACCUCCUUGCAAACAUCAACCGACGAAGGAAGGAAACCAUUCCACUUGUUUACUGUUUAGGUUGUUGAGAUGACUGAUUGUCAUUAAUGCUUUGUGUUUAUGGCCUUUUCUUGAGUUUCUUUCUAUUUUCAGAAUUGUGACUAGCCCUAUGGAGUUUAUAACAUGUUGGGGGCGCUUUAAAAUAAUAUGAGAGAAGUACUGUACAAGGCUCUUUUUUUAAAUAAAGGAGUCAAAGAUAAUUUUGUUGUUUUAUUGCCAGUAAAAUGUUUACCAAUGUUUGUGUGGUAUUGGCAAGACGGCUGUUUCGUCCUGUACAGAUUGAUAUACAUAAUAUCCGAAACAUAAAUACAAGCCGACAGACGCUAAGUUCUUUCUACGAAAGCGAUAGGAAAAGCGGCUACACGAAAUCGGUUAAGAAAGUUUCGCGUCUAGAGCUUAUUCGCAAUGGACUUAAAGAACUUAAAAAGGAAAUAUUUAUUUGGAAAGAUGAAAUUAAAGAGAAAUUGGAAUCUGAUCCGAUCCUUAUAUACAGACCAGGAGAAACAGAUAUCUUAUGGAAAUUUGACUCGCCACAUAUCUUGCAUCAGUGGGUUACGACAGCUGAUAGUGAUCACAAAGAAGGGUAUAGUAAAUGUGGUUUGAACAUCAGUGCUGAUGGGACAGCAGUCUUCUCAGGUUCUCUCAGUUGUGAAGUACCAAAAGAUGGUCGAAUAAAGAAGUCUGGAUAUUGCAAUAUGAAAUCAGUGCGCCCACAGAAAUCAUUUAAAAGGGAUGCAUACUACAACUGGUGCAUGUACACGCAUUUAGUACUGAAAGUGCGAGGUGAUGGACGUACUUAUAUUUUAAACUUAUCUACUGCUGGGUACUAUGACAUAAUGUGGAAUGACAUGUACACAUAUGUCUUACACACUCGUGGUGGCCCAUAUUGGCAGCUUACAAAGAUACCUUUUUCAAAGUUCAUUCUUGCAAGCAAAGGACGUCUGCAAGACAAGCAAUGCCCUAUUCCACUGGACAAAGUUACAAAUGUGGGAAUAUCUCUUGGAGACAAAAUUAAUGGCCCUUUCAGUUUGGAACUGGAUUAUAUAGGUUUGGAGUUUGACCCAUCACACACAGAAGAAUUUGCUUAUGAAAUGUAUCAAACUCCUAAAUUUCUUGUAGGUUCAUAAUAGGUGUUUUUUCAAUAAAAAAAUUUAAAUGUG